GAUGGGAAAUGUAGUUCUCAACCGGACAGUAACUCAGAUCGAUACAGCAUGAUGGACUAAUGACGGACUGGACUCAAAGCGGCGCUGCUCACCCAACCCGUCUUUGAGUUAGCCCACUUUAAUUUCACAGCAUUCAUCUCAGGAUGGCUCUACUUUUGCUUGUCGUGUUAUUAAGUGCGGACGGCGGCGGGUCGGUAGGGGCACAGCUUUAUACCAACCACUGGGCAGUGCGCAUAGCAGGUGGUCCACAACAAGCGGAUCAGAUCGCAGCAAAGUAUGGAUACAGGAACCUGGGACAGAUAGGGAGUCUGGAUGAUCAUUACCAUUUCCACCACAGCAGAGUGGUUCGCAGAGCUGCAUACUCUUUGAAGGGUCCUCACAGCUUCAUCCACAUGGAUCCUAAGGUGGACUGGGCCCAACAGCAGGUAGUAAAACCCAGAAUCAAAAGACAUGCCCGAACUGACGUCAUUCAUUUCAAUGACCCUAAAUGGUCCAACAUGUGGUACAUUCACUGCAAUGAUAAGAGCCACCAUUGUCGCUCAGAGAUGAAUAUUCUGGCAGCAUGGCAGAGGGGCUACACCGGCAAAAAUGUGGUGAUCACGAUAGUGGAUGAUGGCAUUGAGAGGAACCACCCUGAUCUGGCUCAGAACUAUGACCACCUUGCAAGUUAUGAUGUCAAUGGAAAUGACCAUGACCCUACACCACGUUAUGACUCCCGCAGCGAAAACGUACAUGGAACUCGGUGUGCUGGUGAAGUUGCAGCAGCAGCCAACAACUCCCAUUGCAUUGUUGGGAUUGCCUACAAUGCUCACAUUGGAGGGAUUCGAAUGCUGGAUGGUGAUGUGACUGAUAUAGUGGAGGCUAAGUCCCUGGGAAUUCGACCCGACUACAUUCAUAUCUACAGUGCCAGCUGGGGCCCAAAAGAUGAUGGCAAGACAGUAGAUGGUCCAGGGCCGCUAACCAAGCAGGCUUUUGAGCAAGGCAUCAAGAAGGGACGCAGAGGCCUAGGGUCCAUUUUUGUGUGGGCAUCAGGUAACGGAGGUCGGCAGGGGGAUCACUGUUCAUGUGAUGGUUAUACCAGCAGUAUCUAUACCAUCUCCAUCUCCAGCACUACGGAGAAUGGAAACAAGCCCUGGUACUUGGAGGUCUGCAGCUCUAUCAUGGCUACAACAUACAGCAGUGGGGAGUUCAAUGAGAGGAAGCCUGUAACCACUGAUGUCAGGCAGCGCUGCACUGAUGGUCACACUGGCACCUCGGUCUCUGCUCCCAUUGUGGCUGGAAUUAUAGCUCUCACCUUGGAGGCCAACCUUUUACUCACAUGGAGGGAUGUACAGCAUCUUCUUGUGAAGACAUCCAGACCCGUCCACCUGAAAGCUGAUGACUGGAAUACCAAUGCUGCUGGAUACAGAGUCAGUCACCUGUAUGGUUUUGGCCUAGUGAAUGCAGAGGCCAUGGUGCUUGAGGCUGCAAAAUGGAGGACUGUUCCUUCUCAGCACAUCUGCAUUCAGAGACCUGAGCAACGCACAAGUCUCAGCCAUGUCCAUGUUGGCCAAAGCCUGAACAGCAGCAUUACCACCUCUGGAUGUUCAGAAGAACCUGACCAGCAUGUGGAUUACCUGGAGCAUGUGGUGGUCAAGGUCUUGAUUGUCCACCCACGACGAGGAGACCUGGAGAUCAACCUCAUCUCUCCAUCUGGGACAAGGUCUCAGUUACUGGCCAAGAGGUUGUUUGACAGUUCCAAUGAGGGCUUCAGGAAUUGGGAGUUCAUGACAGUUCAUUUUUGGGGUGAGAGGGCAGCAGGCACGUGGUCCAUGGAGAUUAUUGACUCACCCUCAAAGCUUCGCAACCCUGAUGUGCUGGGCAGCCUAAAAGAGUGGACUCUGACCCUUUAUGGCACAUCUCAGAACCCUUACCGGCACUACAGUGCUCAGCACUCUCUUUCAAGGAUGUUGGAGGUCCCCACACCACAGGAGGCAAUGGAGGACCCUGAGCUCCAGCAGGAGGAAGAGGAUGAGGAGUACAGUGGACCAUGCCACAGCGAGUGUGGAGACCAAGGCUGUGAUGGACCAGAUGCUGCCCAUUGCCUCCACUGUGUCCACUUUACCUUGGGCAGCUUGAAAAGUAACAGAACCUGUGUAAGCCAUUGUCCACUGGGGCACUACCAGGACAUAGAGUCUCGCCGCUGUAGACGCUGCAGUAAAGGCUGUGAGAAAUGCGUAGGUCGUUCAGCAUGUGUCUCCUGCAGAAGAGGCCUUUACCUCAGCACACUCAACUCCAGCUGUAUCAGCACCUGCCCCCCGGGUUACUUUGCUGAUGAGAAUCAGAAACAGUGUGUAAAGUGUCAUGACACCUGUAUGACAUGUCUGAGGUUUGCAGACAGAUGCACUGCUUGCAGAGAAGGCUACAGUCUGACAGGAAUGACUUGUGUUCCUGACUGCACCAAUGGAACUUUUUUCCAUCUGGAGGAGAUGACAUGCAGCCCGUGCCAUUCCUCUUGUUGGACUUGUACAGGGCCAGGUAAGGAGGAGUGCAUCCAGUGUGCUGGGGGUUACCUGCAGCAGGAGUGGAGGUGUGUGCAGGACUGCACUCCUGGAUAUUUCUCUGGAGAGGCAGCAGGGCUUCCUCAUAAGAUGUGCCACAGGUGUGAAGAAAACUGUCUGAGUUGCAGUGGUCCCGGAACAACAUGCACCAAAUGCAAAGCAGGGUACAGUCUCAUCAGCAGGACUUGUAUAGCGAAUGCAUCCUGUAAUAAUGGAACUGAAUGGUUUGGCUGCACCAUGGCCACUCAUCUGGUCAGACCUAGUAAGAUUUCUGACACUUUCGACAUGGCUCAAGUCAAAUCUUACCAUCAUAAUAACAGAUAGGUAUGCACAAGCAGAGCUCUUUUGAGUUGUGUAAAGUAAUUUAAGAAAGAAUUUUUUUCACAUUUUAGCAGCAAUAUGUAUCCAAAACAUAACAGAAACAUUAUAGUUUGCCAAAAUCACAACAUACUUUUUUCACACACUUUGUUCUACAGAAGGAGCUUCAAUGACCUAUGUCUGAAAGGGUUUACAAUAAUAUGUCUGACCUAUUUUAUGUUAACUAAUUAAAGCCUAUUUCAGGCAGUGUUCAGCAGUUUAUCAGCAGUUUAAAAGUUUUACAGAAAAAGUUGUUCUGGUGAUGUGUGUGUGAAUUAUCUUGUAUCUCCUGCCUGAAGGGAGGAGUUUGAAUAUGUGGUGAGCAGGGUGUGAUGUGUUAUGGAUGACGUGGGAAGCCCAGUUUUUAAAUCAGGCCUGGUAAAUGUCCUCAACAGUUGGCAAUUGAGUUCCAAUGAUGUUUUGGGCCCUCUUGAUGACCCUCUGCAGCGCUUUCUGCUCACUCCUGGUACAACUGGCAUAUCAUGCUGUUAUGCAGUAUGUUAGUACACUUUCCACUGUGCAUCAGUAGAAGUUCAAGAGGAUGUUCUGGGGCAGCCUGGCUUGCUUGAGCUUCCUCGGGAAAACAGAUGUUGUUGUCCAUUACCGAUGACAGUGGAUGUGUGUGUUGACCAGGAGAGGUCUGCUGAAAUGCAGGUCCCCAGGAACUUGAAACUGGAGACUCUUUCCACGACCUCACCAUCGAUGUAGACUGGACCAGGAUCAGUUCUUCAGCAGUGUCUGAAGUCCACCAGUAUCUAUUUUUCCUCUUGAUUGUUGGUGGAGCACCAGUCUGUCAGGUUUUUCACCUCCUCUCUGUAUGGUUUCUCUGUAUGUGAACUUCAUGUUAACAAUAAUAAAACAAACAAAAACUAAGGACGUUUCAGGGAGCCCGCCUUUCCCCCCUCCCUGACUAAGUUGUGACUUCAGGCCUUAGUGGGCUUUUGUUAGUAUUUUUGAGUUUUUGUGAAUAAAACCCCUGUGUCUUCCAGUCUGCCUUGUGACUGAAACUAUGAGGCAAUAGUGACAAACAGCUGGAAGAAACGAACUUCAGCUCCCCUUAACAUCUUGUGUGGAAAAACACUCAUUCCAUUCGUGAAUGGUGAGUGUUGGUAAUCUUUAAGCUGUUUUUGUCUGUUUAAUUACAGUAAGCUUUUAUUAUUAUGGACAUUACAUUUAGUUGCCUAAUAUAUUUGAAAUUGUAGAGCAAAGUUCUUGAAAAAGAUAUUUUCUGAUUUUUUCAUAGCGACUGUAUCAAAUGUCUCUGUGAUGUAUUCAGACAAACAUUGGUGCUGAAAUGUGUAAAAAUCCUUCAAACCACUUCACACAAAUCAAAAUACCAAUCCUUGUGUGUGUCUAUCCAUUAAUGUGAUGGCUCAGUUCAGCUUGUGUUGUGUUGAAAGUGAUACAGAAAUGUUACUAGGUCUAAUGGUUCGUGUCCACAGGAUCCGUCAUUUGAACACUUUCCAUUGAUUGUCUAUGUGAAAUGCCCUGCACUGCAUUUGGUAGCAUCACCUGCUAGCUGUCUGCAGCUCAUUUGCAUAAAGUAGCCUAGACCUCAACUUUUUGCAAAUGAGCAGGUCGAGCAGAAGUCUGACGCCUCACAAAACUUUUGUAAAACCUCUCAACUAGCCAUUGUUGAAUCAAAAUAAGGACUGAUUCAGCAACUGCACAGCUUAUUUCUCGCCCCAGAUUUUUCCAGAAAUACUUUUCGCUGAACUGUUUUCGUAAUGCAAGAGAAAGUUUACCACCGAGGCACUAUGUUGGUUUGAUGCAUCUCCAGAAGUGAACAUUACAGUUAGUAAAGGGUUUAACAGAUGGAAACAGCUUUAAGUGGUGUACACUAUAAGCUCUUGGCUCAACUGGUUUACCUUUGUGCAGACAACGGCUGUUGUGUGACCACCUAGUGGCCUGCUAGUGACAUGCCUAUCAAGCGUGCGAUAUUGGGAAACAUGACAGGCACUUUACCUUCAACAGAAACCAGUCCUGUAUAGGCACUGGACCAACAUGGUGGCUUGUUGUUUUUUUGUUUUUUUUUUAACUGCCUUUACCUAUUCUGCUCCUCAUAGGUUAAAUAGGCUUCAAGACUUUCUUUGGGUAGACACAUUUUUAGCCUUAAAGCAGUUAAAGCUUCUUUUGAAUGAUGUUGUGUCUGCUCUGUCCUUGUGUAAUCUACAUAGUGAAUGUUGACUAUACAUUUUUUGUACUUGUGUACUUUUCAUCACUAGGUGCUCACAGGACAGCAUUAUAAAUAAGAAUGUUGUUCUCAGUUGUGUUUCUGUGGUUAA